GAUGCGGUGGCCGCCUACAUCCGGGAGGAGCUGCUGGUGCACAAGGGGGUCUGGAUCCCCACCUUUGGCACCUUUGACACCAUCUCCAAAGACGUCUGGACUGAGAACGGCACCGUGACCCUGCAGUGGCCCGUCUUCAACCUGGCUACAAACCUGAUGGUCACCCACCACCUCAAGGCCCGCAGGGACUCCCUGGCAGUGCACAGGAAGUUGGACCCUCUGAGAUACAGCAAGGCGGCCGCAGGCACCUCUCUGAGCUGGCAGACCCUCAGGACCGGCAUCCAGAGCACCGUGUCCCUGCUCUCCGGCUGCCUGCAGAACGGGGAGAACGUCGCCAUCGUCCUGAAAGACAUCGGCGUGCUCCUGGUUGACGGCUUGACCUUCCACAUGAAAUACUACUUCGACUUCCUCGAGAAGCUGUCCGGAAAAGAGGCAUUCAGAAGAGCUGCUUUCAAGGCCCCCUGGCUGCUGGACAUGGUGGUGUCCCGCGUGGCACCGCUGGCUUCCCUGGUGCUCUCCGGCUGCCUCGUCGUCUUUCCCACGUUCCAAAUGGAGUUUGCGCCCAAACCACCGCCCGGAAUGCGCCGCAAGUCCUCGGGAAGCCUCUUUGGUUGGGAGACUGCAAAGAGAGAAGCCGCUUUGUCACCUGUGGACCAGGGCAAGACAGUGAGGUUUGCUGGCCGUCCGACGAUAAGCAAACGCUUGAGCACUUCAAGCGUUGACGGAGGACACUUCAGAAGGAUAAGGAACUUGCUGCUCAGGAGGAGCUCUACACCCAGACUGCUGCCAGCCAUGCGGAAGGUGCCUGAGGCCCAAAAGCAGCCGCUGCCCUGCCAGCUGCAGGGGGACGCGGGAGCUCCAAGCCAACGAGAGCUGGGCCCAGCACCGCGGGCGAAACACGUGAGCUUCUCUGAUGCACAACUGGGGGCAGAAAAAGUCCAUGGGCACGGCGUGCUGCCCAAAUUGCAGGCAGCCGAGGCCUCACCCCGUCGGGUCACCUUUGGGCAGACGCCAACGUUCCUAAGAUCUUGGUCCAGAGCUGAGUGCAGCCUGUCCUCGCAGCCUCCAGGCAGACGUUCCAGGUUCCCGCUGCUGCCACGCGACUCCAUCCAAGUCAUGAGGAUGAGGGCUCAGCACAGGGCUGCGCAGCAAGAACCUCAGCACAUGGCGGCAGCAAGAGCUCGUGGCGAGGCCAGCCUGCCUGAGCAGUCUGCAAACAGCACAUCCGCAUCGCUGCCACCCAGGAGAGAAGAAACGCAGUCUCCCAAGCCGUCAGCCUCCGAAGACCAAAGCCCGCCCUGCAGGAACAACACGGGGCAGAAAAAGGCCAUGGGGACGGCGUGCUGCCCAACGUGCAGACAGCCGAGGCCUCACCGCAUCGGGCCGCCUUGGGGCAGACACCAGCUGCCAGAAGAUCUUCCUGCAGAGCUGAGUGCCGAGCGUCAGCCUCCGAACACCUGCAGGAAGGGCUCAGCCCAGCCGUGCUGA